AUGGUGCCCAUCGGGGCGUUGGGGCUGCUCUUGUGCGUGCAGCUGUGCCGGGCUGAGCUCCAAGGCACGGGGGCAGCCGUGGGGGCACACACCACCCCCCAGCCCUCGCCCAGCCUCGGCACCCUCCUCACCGCAGGCGCCGAGGAGCUGCGGCUGGUGGGCGGCGGCGGGCGCUGCGCCGGGAGGGUGGAGGUCAAGCACGACGGCGAGUGGGGCUCCGUCUGCGUCUACGACUAUGUUGCUCAUGGCAACUGGGGCAGCGUGGUGUGCCGGCAGCUGGGCUGUGGUGCGGUGGCAAAGGCGUCCCCCUACGCCCCAUUCGGGCAGGGCACCGGCCGGAUUUGGCUCCAGCCCUGGUGCAGGGGCGGUGAAGAGAAGCUGGAGGACUGUUUACAUUUAGGCUGGGGACAGCACUAUUGCGGCCAUGAGUGGGACAUCGGGGUGACCUGUGCAGAGGCGGUGGAGCUGCGGCUGGUGGGCGGCGGAGGUCCCUGCGCCGGGAGGGUGGAGGUGAAGCUGCGGGGCCAAUGGGGAUCGGUGGCGGACGGCAACUGGGACAAGGAAGAUGCCAAGGUGGUGUGCCAGCAGCUGGGCUGUGGAUCUGCCAUCGGUGCAGAUUUCGCCAGCACAAGCUUCGGCGAAGGGUCCGGUCCCGUCAGCCUGGUCUGGCCUGACUGCCGUGGGAAAGAAACAGCCAUAUGGGACUGCGAAAUCCGUGGCUGGGGACCCUACAGCGCCAAUCACAACUACGACGUCGCUGUCACCUGCCAAACGGGGUUUGCCCGGCUGGUCGGCGGCGACAGCGCCUGUGCCGGGCGGCUGGAGGUGCGGCAGGGCCGAACGUGGAGCAGCGUCUGCGAGGACCACGUGGACAUCAAGGCGGCCCAGGUGGUCUGCCGGGAGCUGGGCUGUGGCGCGGUGCUGGCCGUCCCCGGCACCGGCCGCUUUCAGGAGGGAACGGGGUCGCUCUGGCAGGAGGGGUUUGAGUGCACGGGCACCGAGCCCUUCCUCGCCGCCUGUGCCCGGCGGCCGCUCCACGCACAGGGCUGCAGCGGCCACGCCGCCAUCAUCUGCUCCCCCUACACGCGUUUCCGUCUGGCGAACAGCAGCUCGGGCUGCUCCGGGCGGGUGGAGGUGGAGGUGGGGGGCGCGUGGGGGUCCGUCUGCGCCACCGGCUGGGACCUGCCCGACACCCACGUCCUCUGCCACCACCUCGGCUGCGGCACCGCCGCCGCCACCGCCGUGCCCCAGGGAGGCUCCCUCGGCAGCGGGGACGGGCCGCUGUGGCAGGACACCUUCCGCUGCAGCGGGACUGAGCGGCACCCAGGCGAGUGCCCCACCACGGUGCUGGGGGAGCCCCCCUGCCCCGCCGGCCUCGCCGCCACCAUCAACUGCUCAGGCACUGUGGAGCCCCUGCGGCUGGUGGAGGGGGAGAGCCGGUGCGACGGGCGGCUGGAGGUCUCCGCCAGCCCCGGGGCCUGGGCCCGCAUGCCGGCGGGGCUCUGGGAUGCCCGCGGUGCCAGCGUGGUGUGCCGGCAGCUGGGCUGCGGCGCGCCGGAGAAGGUCUACGCCGUGGCGGGCUCGGGCGCGGCAGGGCCGCAAGGGCUGCGCUGUGCCGGCACCGAGGACAACCUGGCCCAGUGCAACGUCUCGCGCACGGCCGCCACGCCGACCGGCAGCCGCGACGACGUGGUCAUCGUCUGCUCAGGCAGCCGGCGCGUGAGGCUGGCGGGCGGCCCCGGGCGCUGCGCCGGGCGGGUGGAGGUCUACGCCAACGGCACCUGGGCCACCGUCUGCCAGGAGAGCUGGGACCUGGCGGACGCCACCGUCGUCUGCCGCCAGCUGGGCUGCGGAACCGCGCUGGAGGCACCCGCAUCGCCUCCCGUCGGUCCCGGCACGGGGCCGCUGUGGCCGCACGCCGCUGCCUGCGCCGGCAACGAGGCGUCUCUCUGGGAUUGCCCGGCCUCGGCACAGCACGGCUGCCAGCGCGGUGGCGGGGCGGGAGCCGUCUGCUCAGAGCACCUCUCCCUGCGCCUGGUGGGUGGCGGCAGCCCCUGCAGCGGGCACCUGGAGGUGUUCUACAACAACACCUGGGGCCGCGUCUGCGCCGAAGGCACCACCUCCGCUACUGCGGCCGCUGUGUGCCGGCAGCUGGGCUGCGGGGAGACGGGGACUCUGGAGGACACCCCCGCCCUUGCCCUUGCCUGGCUGGCCUGGGUGGGCUGCAAGGAGGGGGCCGCAUCGCUCUGGCGCUGCCCCUCGGCACCCUGGCACCUAAGGACACGGACAGCACAAGCGGGACGCCCACCCCGGCCCCGGGGAGCCGCUGCCCCGACGGUGCCACUUGCACAGGUAGCUCUGCCCGUGCCGGCAGCCCCCCGCGCCGGGCUGGCCGCAGUCCCCCUCCUCACGCCCCCGCCCCAUCUCCCCCCAGCUCUCCCCAGCACCAGCAGCCCGGCGGCAGCGGUGGGGACCGUGCCGGUGUCCACGGUGCUGUGUGCGCUCCUGGGGACGCUGCUGUGCCUGGCCCUGGGCGCCCUGGCCGUGCAGGCGUACCGUGCCCGUGCUGGGCGCCGAGGUGAAGCCGCGGACGCUCUCUCCGAUGCCGUCUACGAGGAGCUGGACUACACCGUGCUGCCGGACUACCAGGAGGUGCCCAGUCGCUCAGGCUCCCUCUCGGAGGGCUCGGGGAAGAAGCUGCCGUAUUACACCGGGGACAGCACGGAGGAGAGAGACCCCGAGGCAGCCCCAGACUCCCCUGCCCAGCACAGACCCCACGACGGCUAUGAUGAUGCCGCGGACGUGCCGCAAGAGCCCCCCGCUCCCGGCGCUGGGGACGUCUCCGAGGGGGGAGCACAGAGCAGCUGGGGCCGUCUCCCACCCACAGGUGGGAGCUGCCUCCCCACAAGUCCCCCACGAGACACAAGGGAGCCCCCGGCACAGCCACCGGGGGACACAGACUACGACGACGUUGCCAUCGGCACCCCGGGGACGUCGCUGUGAGGAUGCCCGCCCCACCCCGCAGGAGUCCCUGGGGACACGCGUGCAGGGUGCUGGGGCUCCGUCCCCAACGAGGGAUGGCCCUGGACACAGGGGGCACCUCUCCCUGACCGGCACCGCAGCCCAGCAGCAAAACAGACGCCGGCU